AUGGAUUGGCAAGGCCAGAAGUUGGCCAUUAUUUUGAUGCAGAUCAUUCUUGUAGUGUCCACGAUCACUGCUUUCGGCAUCGGAUACUCCAUCGGCUCCUUCCAAAUGAUGAUGUUUACAUACGCUGGUGGAGUUGUGCUCACUGCGCUGAUCACUGUGCCCAAUUGGCAAUUCUUUAACCACCACCACCUCAAAUGGUUGGAUCCGAGCGAAGCAGAGCGUCACCCGAUGCCACAGUUGAACGAUGCUGCUGUUGCUGCUCCUAAGAAGAAGGCAACAAAGAUCAAGUAG